ACUGUGAAAUGUGUAACCAUGAUGCUGCCUGGGUAAUCAGCGGAGGACGUUAGGAGACAGAGACCUACAACCAGUUGAAGGCAAGUGAAGCAGGCAGGACAGCAACACCUCAUGCGUGGGCUCGGCAAAGGUCCGAGUGGAUACGGGUCUGACAAACAUGGGUGUGCUCCAGCUCCACAAUCCGACUCACCCCAGCACGCUUCUGCAGCGGGCCAAUCAGUUGCGUCUGUCCGGCACCCUGUGUGAUGUCAUCAUCACGGUGGACGGCCAGGAGUUCCCUGCACACCGCACGGUCCUGGCCUGCACCAGCAAAAUGUUCGAGAUCUUGUUCCACCGCAGCAGCUUACGCUACGCCCUGGACUUCCUGUCCCCCAAGACCUUCCAGCAGAUCCUGGAGUACGCCUACACCGCCUCGCUCCAGGCCACGGCCGAGGACCUGGACGACCUGUUGUACGCCGCUGAGAUCCUGGAGAUAGAGUACCUGGAGGAGCAGUGCCUGAAGGUGCUGGAGACAAUCCAAGCGGAGGAGACGGAGGAGGUGGCGGUGAAGACUCAAAGCUCCGGGGACGCCAGUGACCACGGCCGAGCCCGGCACUGGAGGCACAUGUUGAUGUCCAAGAAGCAUUCCAUACAGGACGGGCCUAACCACCUCAGUCCCACCGCCCUGCACCACCUGGCGCUGUACCACAUGGCGGAGGGGAACUCAGAGAACGAGGCUGCUCAUGAUCUGAGCCCCAAGAUGGACAUGGAGGACAACAUGGAGAGUUCCCAGCAGCCCGAGCGCCGCGGAGAAGCCUCGUCCCUGGAUCCUGGCAGAAUCAUAAAAUCAGAGAAUAUGCAGGUAGAUGAACCUAAUGGCUCAUCCAGCGCCGGGGAAGGGAGCUGCCUGUCAGACCAGCCCAGAGACGAGGGUCCGGGGACGCCCCUGAGAGGCAGCGUGAUCACCAGCGCCCGAGAGCUGCACACAAGCCCCGAAGAAGGAGGCCAAGUGAUGGGAAACACUCUCGACUGUUUCCCCGGGAUCUCUGAGAAACAUCUGGCCUCCAUUUACUCCAUGCCCUCCAACCACACAGGGGAGGGGAUGCUGCCAGUGGCCCCCUCCCUGGGCGUGCCGCUGGACCCCAGGGCCUACAGCGGCCUGCUGCAUCAGGGCCUGCUGCACCGGGAGCUCCUCAGCAGGCUGGGCCAGUUCGCAGCAGGGAUGAGGCACGAGGCCCCGGCUCAGGGCCAGCAGUGCUGUGGAGAGUGUGGGCUUCAGCUGCACAGCAGGCAGGCCAUGGAGCAGCACAGGAGGCUGCAUAACGAGGAGAAAGGCCACGGCUGUGAAUACUGUGGCAAACACUUCCAGGACAGCAUGCGGCUAAGGAUGCACAUGCUGUCUCACACAGCUCCUGCAGAGGCGCUGGUGUGUGAUCAGUGUGGAGCCACGUUCUCCUCAGAGGAUGCUCUGGAAGCCCACAGGCAAACACACACAGGGACUGACAUGGCGCUGUUCUGUCUGCUUUGUGCAAAGCGCUUCCAGACCCAGAAGGCCCUGCAGCAGCACAUGGAGGUCCAUACAGGCAUGCACAGCUACAUCUGUAGCCACUGUGAGCGCCCCUUCCCCAGCCACACGACCCUCAAAAGACACUUGCGCUCACACACGGGCGAUCACCCGUUUGAGUGUGAAUUCUGCGGGAGCUGCUUCAGAGACGACGGCACGCUGAGGGGCCACAAACGCAUCCACACAGGAGAGAAGCCUUACGAGUGCAACGGCUGUGGGAAGAGGUUCAGCCUCAAACACCAGCUCGAAACCCACUACCGUGUCCACACAGGGGAGAAGCCAUUUGAGUGUAAGCUGUGUCACCAACGGUCCAGAGACUACUCGGCCAUGAUCAAGCACCUGCGCACUCACAACGGAGCGUCCCCGUACCAGUGCACCGUCUGCCAGGACUUCUGCCCCAGCCUGGCCUCCAUGCAGAAGCACAUAAAGGGCCACAAGCCGGAGGACGUGCCGGCGGACUGGAGGAUAGAAAAGACUUACCUGUACGUCUGUUACGUCUGAGCAGGACUUGGACCCCACGCACACACACUCUGUCACUGUUGGGUGAAAACCUUGUAACUCCAGUGUUGCUGUUUUUCAUGCUGGAAAAUGAAAUGUCUCUCUGUGGGUUUAAAGAAAUAAUAUUUAGACUCUUUCUGAAUUAAGUGUGAAGUUGUCGUUGUGGGAGAUACAAGGUUUUUACCUGACAACAGAGACAUGCAAGCACGAAAAUUAAUCUGUGUACACACUAGGGCUGCAAGUAAUGAUUAGUUUUAUUAUGAAUUAGAUUAUUUUUUAUUCUAAGUGAUAAAUUGUUUAGUCUGAAAAAUGUAGUCACAUUUUGGUGACAUCUUCAAAUAACCACUUUUGUUCCCACUGAUUUGAAAGACAAGCCGCAAAUGGCCACAUUUUGAGAAACAGGAAGCCGUGGUGAUGUAUUAUUUUCAACCCACAAAAAGACUCAGAAGUGUUGAGAAUGAGUUUACUGACAACUUAUUGUUUCAGCCCUAGUGCACACACUCUCCCUCACACACACAGUUUUGAUAAUAACUGUCUCUCCACUGUUGUUAAAUCAAAGUCACAAUGGCUGCCACUGCUGACCUGUCUGUGGAGCAGGAGAUUUUAUGAUUUAUCGAUUGCUGAACCCGAGUUAUCUUCUAUGAUUGUGCAGUAGUAUUGAAUAUAUAAUUCCACGAAGGCUUGAUUGGCUGAACUUUGCAACAUGUUCUCUCCUAAAUUCCUGUGACUUCUCAAUUUAAUUUUAUGCUGGAUUUUGUUUUGGAUUUGUUUAUGUUCUGCAUGUGUUACUUGAAUGGCCGCCACGUUUUGACCUCAUAAGCUUGAUCUCUUUAAUUGCCUUGUCUUUCUUGCCGUGGAUGAUAUUGUUUCGAGGUAGCUGGCUUACAAUUUGAGUUUUUCUUGCAAUGUAAUAGGUUUUGCUAUUUAUAUGUUGUUUAUUUGUUACCAAAUAUGUGCUGGUUUUCAUCACGGUGUCUCUUGGGAUGAUUUCUAGUAGAGCGAGCUCUACCUCUCCUCACUUUCAAACCUACUGCAAAGUGUUCAGUCAUCAGUAGUUUUUCAUUUUCUAACAAAUACAUAAUUUAAAUGGACAAGCGGUGGGUAAAAAAACAGCCUCAACAUGGCUUUAAUGUGUAGUUUUUUAUCAUUAACUAUAUAUACAUGUCUUACAAAAUCACAGAAUCAGAAUUUUCUAGGAGAAAAUUUAAGAAAACAUGAAAAUAAAUUGUUGUUUUUAUACAAAACAUGAAUAGAAAAUUGUGACAUUGAAUCACUAUGAGCAGGUUAUUGUCAGUAUAGUGUAGCUGUAAUGUACAAACUGUCAUUGUAUGUUAUUCCCUAAUGUGAGCCUAAAACAGGCCUUAUAGAUUUAAACAUGUUGUAUUUUUGUAUUACAGUAAUUUGCUAUCUGUUUACAUUUGGUAUGAUUUGAGAAACAUCUUAAUGUGUGUGUUUUAUAAGUCUCUGAUUUGAUUAAGAUCCCUCCCUUGUGCCUCUUUUAUAAGUAGAGCAUUGAUGUGCUUGAGUACAUGGGUCUGUGCUAUUGGUAGUUGUUUCUGGGUGUUUGUUUAUUGUUACUUAAAUAAAGAUAGACUGCCAUGUAGAUCCACUUUGUCUGAAAAUUGCAACUGGAUACAACAUACUGUGAUAGUGGCUGAUGAGUCAAGCGUGUACUUUUGAAAUCACAAUUGCUUGGAACUGCAUCAAAUUUGUUCCCUUCAAAGCGACAAUAGACCGAGAUCUUCGGAUGAAAACAGUGUGUAUAUCAAGUCUUGGCGUCUGUGGGCAUUACCAAUGCCUUCUUAAGUAGCCAACAACACUCAGUGCCAUGAAAACACACAUUCACUGUAUCUAUUCUACAUGAACAUGCACUAUAAAUGGAUUUCCUUGGUGGACCAAAAGAAACAGAGCACUUUUGUUUGAAAAGGGUUAUUUCUCUGAUCUUUCUAUGUUGUGAUAAUGCAGAUGUCCUUUUAUUUGAUGUGUCCUAGAAGGAUGUGAUUAGCAUUGUUUAGAUUAUGUCAAUGUCUGUCUACCUCAGGGCCAGAUCAAAGCUCGACCUGGUAUCCAAUCAGGGUUGUUCUUCUUGCCAUGUGUGCAGUAAAAUCCCUCUUCAUUACAGCUUUGUAACACAGUGUGUGAAAGUGUUUUCUCAGUGUGGAUUCAGGCACAACUCUGUAUGCGUCAGUGUUCGGUGGCAUGGUUAAAAAAAGAAUAAAACAAUUUACUAUUUUA